AUGAGGCACACACCAAAUAGUCUAGAAUGGGGUACGAAGGGCAUCGACUUCGUGAGAUUGUACAAAUUUAUCGUGCCAAAGGGCAAACAGCCAUACUUCCAGCUCCUGGAUGAGUGGACUCCAACAUAUGAGACUCCGCUUAAAGUAUAUCUGGAUGAGGCAAAGAUUCAUAACAAGAACCACUUCCCUUGCCAAUACCCCGGGUGUAGUGGAAAGCAGACACUUUUCAGCCGGCCAGCUGACCUUGAACGCCAUUAUAAGAACGUACACUCCAAUGUAAAGGAUUCAUUCCCUUGCGACUAUCGUAAGUGUCUUCGAUCCCAAGACCCCUUUACGCGGAAAGACCACUAUAGAGAUCACCUUCGAGACUAUCAUAAGGAGGAUAUUGGUUGCGCUAAAGGUGAGAAGUCAUCAAGGAACAAGGACAAACAGAAGUGGCAGAGAGCACAGAAGAUCUGGCUUGCCGAGCGUUAUAUCAGCCACAAGCAUUGGCGCUGCAAUCGCUGUCUCGUCAAGAACUAUGUCACCCAAGGAUGGGAAUGCUCAUCAUGCAAAAAUCCGUGCGAAGAAGACCGCAUCAGGGCUCGCAAGCAAGUCAUGGGAGAUCCAGCCGAGACGACUAUGGAAGAUCCUGCAGAGACAUCUACUGAGGAUGGAUAUGCAGCUGCCGCCCCUAGCUGUGGGGCGUGUAAUGGCGGCACAUGGAUAGAAAACGAACACGGUGGUUACGCGUCAUGCCCUGUCUGCCAGUUUACUACUGCUGAGUCGUUUCCACUUGAAAACAAUGUGGCAUACUAUUAG